AUGAGUUUCUGGCACUCUCUGAAUCUCACGCCUCGGUACCAGAAUUGUAGAUUGCCGCGGCGCUCUAACAUUUGGUUUUUGGCUCAGCCUGCUGUUGCCACUACCAUUCUCUUCUCUUCAGAUCAGGUUGUUGUUUCUGAUUGUACUUGGCAGAAUCUUUGUUUUCGGGUUGCGGUUAUUCAUGGGGCCAAUGAUGCGGUUCUCAGAAGGAACCUCUGGGCUAGGGGUGGAUCGGUACGAUUCAUCGAUGACACGGGUUUUCUGGAGCCCUCCUCCUCGGGUCUGCAAUUUUCCUGGUCGGGCAGAAGGUUUUUACCCAAUCAUGUGGAAACUCUUCUGGAUAGAGCUCUUAUUUCUUUUUCUUUUGAUAAUCUUUGGGAUUCUGUUAAUUCUCAUGUGUUGCCAAGGCUUACGUCGGACCAUUCGGCCAUUGUGCUUCAAUGCAAAUCUCGUUUGGCUCCUGGAAAAAGGCCGUUCCGGUUCCAGCAUAUGUGGGUGGGCCACGCUGGUUUUCUUGAUCUAGUGCGGGACUCCUGGGAUGCCGUGGCCAACACUCCUUGCCCGAUCUUUAAGGUUAUGAUAAAGUUGAAAAGAUUAAAGAGUGUGCUAAGGGAAUGGAACAGAACUACCUUUGGCAACCUUGAUGCUAAGUUAGCUGAAGCUCAGGAGGAGCUCGCUUCUGUUCAGGCGCGUAUUUCAAGGGAGGGCUACACGGAUGAUAACUUUGAUGAGGAAGUAACUAAGCAAGCUGCUAUAAACACGAUGCUUACCAGAAAGAACGUACAACUUCAGCAGCAAAGUCGGGUCAAUUGGCUUCAAGAUGGUGAUAGAAACACGGCUUUUUUCCAUAAGGCGCUUCGGAAUAGGAAUUCGGGUCUGGUUAUUAGUCACCUCAACAUUGCGGGUGACAUGGUUUAUGAGCAGUCAGCUAUUGAGCGUCACAUUGUGGAGCAUUUUACUGCUCUUUUUUCGCAAGGAGCUGCCACCAAUGUGGAUUUGGUUGAUUUGGAAGCCAACAUCGACAUGCAGGUCAACGAGGCACAUAAUAGGGGCUUGAUUGAUAUUCCUUCUGAUGAGGAAAUCUCGGCUACUGUUCACAGCAUGGAGGCUUCCAGCGCUCCGGGGCCGGAUGGGUUCUCGGGGGUGUUCUUUCAUCACUGUUGGGAUAUCAUUAAGGAAGAUAUAAUCCGUGCUGUGCGUUGUUUCUUUCUAAACUCUUAUCUCCCCGAUGGUUGCAAUGCUAAUACUCUUGUGCUGAUUCCUAAGGCGGAGGCGGUGUCUUCGGUCUCUGACCUCAGGCCGAUCAUCCUUUCGAAUUUCUUCUUUAAAAUCAUCUCUAAAGUUUUGGCGGUCAGGCUCAACAGAGUUGCUUCUGAUAUUGUUUCCCAGAAUCAAUUUUGGCUUUAUCAGCGGUCGGUCUAUCCAUGA